AUUAAUCAUUAUUCUGUUCACUAUAUAAUGCAAAUUGUUCGUAUUCACUGUUUUUAUAAGUACAAAAUUUUAGUAUGACAAGUAUCUUGCAUCCUUAUCAAACAUAAACAAAAUAUACCAAUUGUCCUGCUUUUACAGUGAUAUAAACAUCAUUUGACGUUUCAACGUUUAUAGGUUAUGAGUUUUUUUAGUUUUAAAUGUUUUACAAAACGUUGUAUUGACCUGCUACAAAAUAUUAAAGCCAACCCAUUGUUUUGUUAAUUAAAACAAAACAAAAUAGUCUAAUUAAAUAACUAUUAAAAUGCAUUCAGAUAAAGAUACAUUAUUUUUAUGCAACUUCGAUUUCCAAUUAAAUGAUUCAGAUUCAAUAGUAGAGAAUAUAAAGAAACUAUGGUCCGGACAUUGGCUAAUAGAAGAUUCAGAAUUAUUAAAAAAAGUCAUUAGUGAUGGAAUGGAUACAGAUACAUUAGUAAAACAUCUUAAAAAUGGACAUUAUGAUAGUAACACUUUAGAGAAGGUUUUGCAAAUGGCAGUUAGUGCAUUUUUAACAUUUUGUGACCAAAACUGGAAUCCACAUCCCGAUGAAUUUCAUUUAGAACAGUAUUUUGGUAUUGAUUGGCCUGAAGAUGUCGAUGUAACUACAUACUUACAGAGAGAUUCAGAACCUUUGUAUACAAAUAUUUUAUAUCCAGAGUUAUUGUAUCUAUCAUCAAACAUUUUUGCAGCACUUUUUUCACAUGAUCAAAGUCUGCUGAAUUUAUGGUGGUGCUUCAGAAGCAAAGUUACUCAUCAAAGAGCUCUAGAAGAUACUAGUGCUACUCUUUAUAAUGAACUUGAACUAUUAAUAGCAAAGUUAUGCAAUGAAUCACAGGCAUUGGAAAAUAACAGAUUAAAAAUUCUAUUGUAUUUGGAAAUAGCACAAGCAUAUUUGAUGUAUGGGAGAGUACAAAAAGUAGAUGAAUAUCUGAUAAAAGCUAGAGAGUUGGCUGGAUUAAAAUUGGAAUUAACAGGUAUUUUGGGCAAGCGUACAAAGUUUCAACAAGAUGCUAAGGCACAACUUGCAUUAUUCAGUAAACUAGAUGAAGACUUGGAACGCCCUUCAGCGGAACAGAGUCAUGGAAGUUCAGACCUUCCACCAGAAAUUGAGCUGCAAGAUGAUGUCAGGCUUAAUAAGAUUCAAUUCAAUGAAAAUAUUCUGCAGGCAGAACUACCCAGCUUGGAACAGACUCUUUGUCUUCUGACUGUCCAAUAUCUUCAAAAAUCUCAACCCAAAGAUGACCUGAUGACUGAAGAACUGCAACCAUAUAUCAAAACAGUUUUGUCCCAAAAGAAAGGACCCUGGUCUACUCGAGUGGCCGCUCUGUUGAUAAGAUGUAAACUAGAGGCCAACCACAAGAGAACAGUAGAACGCGCUAUGAUGCAAUGUGAGACAAUUGUCAAUGAUAAAUCACGCGUUUCUAAUACAAGCAGGCUGUCUUAUCUCUGGGCUACCGGUCUAUCUCCAGCUUGGAACUGGAAGCAGCAGCUGGCAGAUUUGUACUUAAGCUUGGGUCUCGUGAAGGCAGCUCUCGAGGAAUACUUGAAGUUGCAGCUCUGGGAGGAUGUCAUUGUUUGCUACACUAUGUUACAAUUAAGACAUAAGGCAGCGGAAGUGAUACAGCAACAGAUUGACAUCAAACCAACUGUGAAAUUAUUCUGCCUCCUUGGAGAUGCUACAGACGACGUGGACUGCUACGCCAAGGCGUGGGAAUUUUCGAACUUCAGAAGCAGUAGAGCGCAGAGGCAUUGGGGUAAUUACCUCUUCGAUCACAAGAAGUACGGUGAAUGCAUACCGCAUUACGAAAAGUCGGUUGAAAUUAAUUCUAUACAGGAGAGUGUCUGGUUGAGACUGGGUUUCGCAGCUCUUGAAAUGGAAAAAUGGGAAUUGUCCGCUAAGGCAUAUCGAAUGUACACAUAUUUGCAGCCGAACACGUUCGAGGCUUGGAAUAAUUUAGCCAAAGUGUAUGUGAAACAGGGAGAUAAGAACCGCGCGUACAGAGCGCUCAUGGAGGCGUUGAGAUUCAAUUACGAUAAUUGGAAGCUCUGGGAAAAUGUUAUAAUAGUGAGCAUGGACACGGGACAUUUUGAAGAUGUUUUGCGAGGCUGUCAUAGAAUACUCGACAUUAAAAGUAAAUUCGAAGAUAUCGAUGUGCUCUCUUUGCUUGCAAAGGUAAUUGUUGAAGAUAAACAAGAUGCCGACGGAAACAGUGCUGCCAGGUUAAGAAAACGAGCUCUGGAACUGUUCGGACGAAUCACAUCGAUACAUCAAAAUAGACCAGAGAUAUGGCAAUUGUACGCUGAUAUAAGUCCGACGUAUUUGCUGAAGGGACAGAGACUACUGAAAGCGUACAAAGGAUUUACACUGAAUGGAAAUUGGUCCAAUAGUGCCGAAACUUGUAUGAAGGUAAUGCAAUUGACAGAACUCCUCCUAGAGUACAGUUUAAAAGCAAGAAAGGAAGCUGAAGACAAGGACGUGCUCCAAGCAAAUCAACAGUUAUCAUCAGCCCGGUUAACUGGACAAGCAGUAAUAAGAGCUGCUGAGAAACAAGAUUGGCCUGAAACUCAGGCUCUACUACCAGUGUUGAAGGAAUUGUUAAAUGAUGUUACAGAAUAUAUGAAAUCUAUAAUGUAAUAUUUGUUUUAUUUUU